AUGGCAUUAACCGAGUACGAUAUCCAACACAUCACUCAAAAGGCCAUAAAAGGAAGUAUACUAUCCGACUAUCUUGCAAAACAUCCCUUGAAAGACUACCAGUCUAUGCAUUUUGAAUUUCCAGAUGAGGAUAUUAUGUUGAUUAGGGAUUGUAACAUCCCCGACUCUGAGGAGGGACCUGAGUUUGGGUCCCGUUGGACCUUGGUUUUUGAUGGAGCUUCUAACACUCACGACAAUGGCAUUGGGGCAAUUAUCAACUCCCCGACUAAUUUCCACCUCCUCUUCACUACAAGGUUGUGUUUUGAAUGCACAAAUAAUAUGGUGGAAUAUGAGUCCUAUAUCUUCGGUAUUGAAGAUACUAUUGACCUUAGGAUCAAAAUCCUUGAAGUUUAUGGAGAUUCAACCUUGGUAAUUAGCCAAAUCAAAGGAGAUAGGGAAACUAGAGACCACAAGCUCAUUCUUUACAAAGAUCAUGUCUUGAAACUAGUCCCCUACUUUGAUAAGAUCACAUUCCACCACAUCCCUCGAGAAGAGAAUCAGCUAGCUGACGCCUUGGCAACUUUUGCGUCCAUGUUUAAGGUCAAGUGGAAGAAUGAAGUGUCAUCCUUUCACCUUAACUACUUGGAUGAGCCUGCUUACUGUUUGGCGGCCGAAGACGAAGUCGAUGGCUAUCGUUGGUACUAUGACAUCAUGAGAUUAUUAGAGUGCCAAGAAUACCCUAAGGACACAUCCAUUACUGACAAGAAGUAUCUUCGGAAAUUGUCUUCUAAGUUCUUCUUAAGUGGACGGGUACUGUACAAAAGGAAUUAUGAUUCGGUUUUGCUAAGAUGUGUAAACAAGCAAGAAGAAAACCAAAUCAUAAUGGAAAUCCAUGAAGGCUCCUUUGGGACACAUGUCAGUGGACACACUAUGGUGAAUAAAAUCUUGAGGGUCGACUAUUAUUGGAUGACCAUGGAGUUUGACUGUCACUGCCACAUCCAAACAUGCCAUAAAUGUCAGAUUUAUGCUGACAAGAUCCAUUUACCGCCAAUGCCACUCAAUGUCUUAUCAUCUUCUUGGCCUGUUGCCAUGCAGGUACGUACUUCCACUAGGGCAACUCCCUUCUCUCUUGUGUAUGGCAUGGAUGCAGUAUUUCCUGUUGAAGUAGAGAUUCCUUCCUUAAGGAUUUUGACAGACGUCAAGCUUGAUGAAACCGAGUGGGUAGAAGCCCGAUUUAACCAGCUGAAACUCAUUGAUGAGAAGUGCUUGACAACCAUCUGCCACGACCAAAUUUAUCAAAAGCGCAUCAAGAGGGAACAUGAUAAGAAGUUCUUCCCCCGCAGCCUCGAGGUUAGAUAUCUUAUAUUGAAGAAGAUUAUGCCCACACACAUCGAUCCAAGGGGCAAGUGGACGCCGAACUACGAAGGCCCAUAUGUUGUGAGAAAGGUCUUCUUUGAAAGAGCCUUAAUCCUUGCAACUGUGGAUGGUGAAACCUUCCAUCUCCUGUGA